AUGACCUUCGGGGCUUCCGAGGACCGAGCAAGACUGCUUGCGUCUCGGCACAGACAUAAGCAUCGGACCGUCUCUUAUGCCUCGGAGCUGAUUAACAGCGCCAGCUGUUAUUACAUUCCAUCACAGCGUGCAGUGACAUAUGGACCUCAGGAUGUCCCGGAUCAACCAGCGAUUACCACCGAAUCUUCUUCAUUCAUACAGCAACAUGAUCGAUCGCCAACAGCUGCUACGACCGCCGACACUGCAUCACGUCGUCUUCGAAGCUCCUCCAGUCAUGGCCUCGGCUCAGGAAUCGGAUCUUCGGAGAAGGGAACUCCAAAGGAGCCAGGUCUGCCCGAGGGAGAGCACACCGAUGAGGGACAUCGGACGAAACCGCAGCACAUAACUGCGACGCCGACACAGCUGCAAUCAUUGGACCCAUCAUUGAGAGACAAUGAGCACUCUACCCAAAUUGCCGUAGCCACACAAUCUCAUGAUCCUCCUUCGUCUGAAUGGCAAACCGGUACCAGCCAAACGUCCGGACCCUCCAUAACGUCGACUCGCAAGGACUCACUAUGCAGUGAGCCAGACACGCCUGAUCAGCGAGGAAUUCGUUUUGGUAUCUCGUUGGAUAAACUGUUCGCUGAGACAAGUUUGUUUCGCAGAUGGUCGCCUUCUGGGUCUCCCAUUGACUGUUCUGACGCUCCCUGGUUCUUCACGAAUGGCCCCGCUGCCGGCAACUCCGCUGUCUCAAAGAUCUUCGACAAGUACCGUGACGAUGCGGCAAACUCACCAGAUACCAUAGGAGCCACCGGCACCAUGAAGUAUCUGGAGGAUAUCGGCGUGGACGUUGAGGGUUUAGAGAGCCUUGCUGUGCUGGAACUUGUGCAAGCGCCUGCCAUGGGCGAGAUGACUAGACAAGGCUUCGUCUCCUUCUGGAGCUCCACAGGAUGCGACACUCUUGAGAAGCAGAAAGCCUACGUACAGUCGCUGAAGACGAGACUGCCGUCAUCGAAGGAGGCAUACACGAAGGUCUACAACCAUACUUUUCAGCUCGCCAAAAGCGGCAAUCAGAAGUCGAUCCCCCUGGAAAUCGCAUCGGCAUAUUGGGAACUGCUGUUCACGUCUCCCCUCUCCGCGGUACGGUGGACCACCGAGUCGUCUCCGUGGAUACAAUGGUGGAUCGAAUUUCUCACCUCGGAAUGGAAACGAAGUGUCAACAAGGAUGUGUGGACCCAAACUUUGAAGUUCGCGCAGUUAACGCUCGAAGAUGGGGAGUUGACUUUCUGGACCGAAGAAUCAUCGUGGCCAUCCGUCAUCGACGAGUUCGUGGAAUGGGUCAAGAAGGAGAAACGAGGCACAAGUCAAGCUGCUUAG